UUUAGAGAAAUCUCCAGCUGUUAGUAUCUAUACAGGGUUUACUAUAAACUCAUAUAGUAGUCACGAAGUAAACGGCCACAUUAGUACUCUACGAAGAUUUCAGCCAUGUUUAAAUUUGUUUGCCUUUUGUUAGGCAUUGCGGCUGCAAAUGCAACAAAUACAAAAAGAGCUUAUACAUGUGGUAGCAACGAUUACUUCACACACAAUAAUGGUGAAAUUGCCAGUCAUGCUGGGUUCGACGCCGGACACAACUACGGCAAAAACCUUAACUGUAUUUGGAGAAUCGAAGCACCUGAUGGCAUGAACGUCGAACUUGUUGCCAAGGCCUUUAACAUAGAAGAUGAUCCCGCAUGUGCAUAUGAUUACUUAGAGAUUUUCGAUGGAAACUCAACUCACUCACCGAGCCUUGGUAAAUAUUGUGGAAAUAUAUUCAACCCAAUCUCCUCGACUCAACGGUUCCUAACAAUGCAGCUAAUUACCGACGACAGCACUCAGCUCCAGGGGUUCAAGCUGUUCUACAAUUUCACCACGCAAGUUAUACACUCUUGUCACCAUACACAAUUCGAAUGCGCAAACGGUAAAUGUAUUGAUAUGUCGUACAGAUGUGAUAAUGAUGAUGAUUGUGGUGAUGACAGUGAUGAGCAAGGUUGUACAGGAGGAUCAAAUACUGGAUGUGCCGCAGAUGAGUGGCGAUGCCCGGAUAGGACGUGUAUAUCACGUGACUGGCUAUGUGACGGAGAUGACGAUUGUAACGAUAAUUCAGAUGAAUUACCAACUAACUGUCUCGGAACUGGAUCUUCAAAUUGUGGGAAUCAAAACAUCACAGGAUCUGCUGGUACCAUCACUAGCCCUGGUUUCCCCUCGUCGUACCCGAGUGACACUCAUUGUACAUACAUUGUACUAGCUCCACCAGGAACCAAGAGUAUAGCAUUCAAAUUUGAUGACCAAUUUCAUAUUGAGCCCGACACUUCAUGUGAUUUCGACUUUGUUAAGAUCAGUGGUGACGGCAUGGCAUCCGCACAUGGUCCGUUCUGUGGAAACGUCUCACCAGGACAGUUAACAGUACCCGGAGAUCAUGCUUAUGUGACAUUCACAUCCGACGACUCUGAUGAAUACACCGGCUUCAGAUUGGACUGGAAAGCUAUACAGUAGUUCUUCCUGGUGUUUGUGUAUAAGUUGACGAAAUAUUAAAUUUCUUACGAAAAACUC